UGGCAGCGGCGGCCUCAGCGGCAGCGGUGACGGUGGUGGUUCAGUGAGGGAACUUGUACACUGUCACAAUAACCACUGGUCAUUCAAUUGUCUACAACUGUACCACCUGGACUAGCUGGAAUCUGAUAAAUAAUUUACAAUGACGAAUAACGUGGUACUCCAGGGAACAAUACCAUCGUCCUCGCCAGCGGAAUCAUCCGAGGAUGGAAAAAAAUCAUCAUCAUCCUUAUCAUCAGACAAGGAUAAAACUAUUAAUCGGGGGUCCAUGAGCAUACGGGAAAAGUGGAAUUUUUUAUCUAGUAAUAUAACUGUUGAACCGAUGGUGGCCUGCUACAUAAUGCCAAGUGUUUUAGCAUCACUUGCAACUCAGAAUUUGAAUCUUGAAAAAGCUUGCCGAGUGAAUCUACGAUAUUCCGACACUGUGUGUAGUGCAUUAGCUGAUAGAAAUACAACUGGUUAUGAGGAGGAAGAAACAGCAGUUCAGCAGCUUGUUGCUGGAAUGCAGACAUGGAAGUUGGCACUUCAGAGUGGAUUACCAACGCUACUCAUACUUUUCCUCGGUGCAUGGAGCGAUCGUACGGGCCUGAGAAAGCCCUGUAUGCUCUUACCAAUUGUCGGUGAAUUUUUAACAAGCGUCAGUCUUAUUAUUUGCACAUACUGGUUUUAUGAAUUGCCUAUGGAAGCUGCUGGUGUCUCUGAGGCACUUUGGCCGGCGAUAACUGGCGGUUGGUUCACAAUGUUUAUGGCGAUAUUCAGCUACAUCGGUGAUAUAACCACCGUUGAGUCUAGGACACUGCGAAUCGGUGCUGUCAAUGUUUUUUUAUCACUGAGUGUACCCAUUGGCAUGGCAUUAUCCGGCAUUUUGUACAUUAAAAUUGGAUUUUACGGUGUUUUUGCGAUAUCCACUGUUUGUUAUAUCGCCAGCUUCGUUUAUGGAUUGGUUGUCAUUAAAGAGGCACCAAGAACUCAAAAUCCAACUCCUGACAAAAUAACUGGCAUGUCAAAGUGCGCCACAAUUGUCGACUUUUUUUCAUUUAGACACAUUGAGGAAACCUUUAGAGUUGCAUUUAAAAAAGGUGCCAAUAAUCGUCAAAAAAGAGUGGCUGUUCUCAUGAUUAUUGUCAUGGUAGUCGUCGGGCCAAUGUAUGGCGAAAUGGCUGUUAUGUAUUUGUUCACGAGAUACCGAUUCAACUGGAACGAAGUAAACUUCAGCAUGUGGACGACCUAUAGCAUGGUCACAAAUUUAAUUGGAACAAUGAUAUCUGUUGGAUUCUUCAGCCAUUUUCUGAAAAUCGAUGAUGCUUUAGUAGGAGUGAUGAGCUGCAUGAGCAAAAUACUUGCAAGUUUGGUUUAUUCAUUUGCCACUGAAGACUGGAUGAUGUAUCUUGGACCAAUUGUGGAAAUCGUUAAUGGAACAUCGUUCAUAGCAAUGCGUUCGAUUGCAUCGAAAUUAGUACCAACGGAUGAACUGGGUAAAGUUAAUUCUCUCUUCGGUGUCUGCGAAUCUCUAAUGCCCCUUUUGUAUGGGCCAAUGUACAGUUCCGUAUACGCAUCCACAAUGAACACCCUCCCAGGUACAUUCUUUUUACUCGGGGGAUGUUUGACUGCUCCAGCAGUUGUUGCUUUCUUAUGGCUAUACCGAGAACAUAGGAGGGACCGGGCUACAUUGGAGCGCGCAAUGAGGAAGGAAAAGUUGAGUAAAACUGAAGAACGAGAAGAACGAGCAAAUGGUAGUGUUGCUGUUGUAACCAAGCCAGAGCCAGAGAAUGACAGUGAAUUACGAGUUCAAAUUAUGCCCAUUGACAAGCAAGCCCAAUCGGCAAAGGCCUUCGAUAAUCCAACAUUUAUCAGUGAAGACUUAUGAUGUAGUAUAAUCAUUAUCCAAUUCUCCUCAUCAUGGUUUAUGGUUCUAUCGACAAGUUAAAGUAGUAGAAAGAAAUUUUAAAAGCAAAAUUUAAAAAUAUAUACCAGACAUAUAUUAUAUUUUAUGAUGAUAUUUUCCAAUUCAAAUUUUUGCCGCAUGGGAUUAUCAUAUGGAAUACAAUAGGGAAUAAUUCCCCAUUUCCUUGGUUUCAAAAUAUUACAUCUGUCAUCGGAUGGAAAUUAUAUAAAUCUUUAUCAUCUCUGGCAGGUUUUUUUUAGUUGGUUAACAUACAUUGCUAGAGGUCAUUCGUUCAUAUUAUUCUCCGGUUCUUAUACCCGAGGUAAGAAAAAGCAACAAGACUAAUAUCCAACUAUCUUCUUUUCCAUCUUAGAAAUAUUCGUACUUAAGUUAUUUAUUUAACAAUUAAAUUGAACCACAUAAAAUAUGGUUUAAUACUAAUAGCAGUAUUACUACAAUUACUGUGUACAAUUUAGAAAGAAAUUAUAAAGGGAGACAAGAAAACAAUUCGAAGAUUAAAUAUUUUCUAUUUGACAAAUCAACAAUUUCAUUCGUCUCCAUAAAUAAUGCAAUAUUUUAUUAUUGUGAUAUAGCGUUAGAAUGAAAAUUUUUGUAUAUAUGUAGUUUCAAUAAAUUACGCAAUAAUGACCGA